AUGGCAGACCUCGUAGGGAGAAAGGUCUUCAAGGUCUUCAACCAGGACUUCAUUGUGGACGAUAGAUACACAGUUACAAAAGAGCUCGGUCAGGGUGCUUAUGGAAUCGUAUGCGCCGCCAAGAACAACGACACCGACGAAGGCGUCGCGAUCAAAAAAGUAACCAAUGUCUUCUCCAAAAAGAUCCUCGCAAAGCGCGCUUUACGCGAAAUAAAACUCUUGCAGCAUUUCCGUGGACAUCGCAAUAUUGCUUGUUUGUACGAUAUGGAUAUCCCAAGACCGGACAACUUCAAUGAGACUUAUCUCUACGAGGAACUCAUGGAAUGCGAUCUCGCUGCUAUCAUUCGCUCCGGACAACCCCUCACCGACCCACAUUUUCAAUCCUUUAUUUACCAAAUUCUUUGCGGGUUGAAAUACAUCCAUUCUGCCAACGUGCUCCAUCGUGAUCUGAAGCCUGGUAAUUUGUUGGUGAAUGCCGAUUGCGAGUUGAAGAUUUGCGAUUUUGGUUUGGCGAGAGGAUUUUCCGUUGACCCUCAGGAGAAUGCUGGAUACAUGACUGAGUAUGUUGCGACAAGGUGGUAUAGAGCUCCCGAGAUUAUGUUGAGUUUCCAGAGUUACACUAAAGCUAUUGAUAUUUGGUCAAUUGGUUGUAUUCUGGCAGAACUACUUGGAGGACGACCAUUCUUCAAGGGACGCGAUUAUGUUGAUCAACUCAACCAAAUCCUCCACAUUCUCGGAAAACCAGACGAUAAGACUCUCGAAAAGAUCGGAUCACCAAGAGCACAAGAUUACGUCCGAAACCUUCCUCCAAUGGACAAGCAAGAUUUCAAUAAACUGUUUCCCGGCGCAAAGAAGGAAGCUCUUGAUAUUCUAGAGAAGAUGUUGGCAUUCGACCCGACACGGCGGGUCACUGUCGAAGAAGCCCUCGAACAUGAAUACCUUCAGAUCUGGCACGAUCCCUCUGAUGAACCGGGUUGUCCAACCACAUUUAAUUUCGAUUUUGAAGUCGUUGAAGAUGUUGGUGAGAUGAGGCAAAUGAUCCUGGAUGAAGUCCAUCGAUUCCGUCAACAUGUUCGUAUCCAACCGGGUCAACAUACCAACCAAAGAAUCCAAGUUCCUAUCCCGCAAGGUGGGAAUGGGCAAUGGAAGGCCGAAGAGCCAAGACCUCAAGAAAAUUAUGGGCACUAUGGAGGAGAUCUAGAGCAUGAUUUACAGGGCGGUAUGGACGCCAUGCAGUCGUAG